AUGGUUUCCUGGGAGAAAACCUACUUUAAAAUAGAAGAUAAGCCUUCCACAAGCACAUCAUUUAAUAACUUCAAAGCAGUUCAAAAAUAUCGUAAAAGAAAACAGCGGAACGAAGAAUUGAGUUUCAAGCCUUAUAUUUUACGAAUGAAAAAACUAAAAGCUCCAGACAUGGAACUUUCAUCCAAAGCUUUAGAAGAUCUGGAUAAUUUAAUAACGAGCGUUUUUCAGAAGUACUUCUCCGAGUUGAAGCUAUUGACUAGACUCACGAAGAAAAAAACCUUGUCCAUCAACGAUGUAGAAGCUGCAACAAAACUUUGCAUACCAGGUAAACGAAAGGACAAUGCGGUGAAUUAUGGAAGAAAGAUUGCAUUAGCCUUCAAGAGUUAG